AAUAUGGACAAUUGAUACUGUAGGGUUUGUCGUAGCAUUAUUUUUUAUUAGAUAUCCUCUUAAAAAUUUCAGCAUAACCAUUUGAUGUUCUUUCUAUUCAAAUAACCAAAUCCAACGAGUGGUUAGGCGGAUCGUUGUCGGGGGGAAAUGACAGAGGGGGACUAAAACAGGAAGGAAUGGCAGCUAACCUUGCUAAGGAGUGUGCGGUACGGGUAGACGUUUCACAAUGUCACGUUUAAAUGUAUCAAACAAUUCAAUUAUAGCGAAGUUGUUUGAGCGCGUGUAGUGCACGGUUAGAAGGUUUACAUUAUAUCAGCAUCCAGAGUGUAGAUUUGCUGCAACGUCACUGCAAAGCAAGCGUUACCCUUUUUUGUGUGGCUAUUCGUGGAAAAUGAUGGUGGCUGUGGCUUUAGUAACAUUGCUACUGCUACACUGCUCGAGUAAGUACUGAUCGGUCAGGUCAACUGCAAUCAUGGAUCAUCAUCAACUUCAUCAUCACACACAAGGAAGCAUGUCACCAUCAUAUGUGCCAAGGAAGAGGAAGGCUUCCCAGCCUAAACAAAAAAGUGGUGUUCCACUACCAGCUAUCCAGAAGAUGCCAGAUAUGAGUGUGAUGAGCAUGAUUGUUGUUCCACCUAAGAAUGAUGACCCCCAUGCGCAGGCGACCCAAAAGAUGAAAAGGUCAUAUGGCAGAAAAAGGUCAAUGGGCCCACUGUAUGAGGAUCUUCAGAAUGUCUCUCUGGGUUCUGGUGUGGAGGAUUCAACCAGCGAGACGUCCUGCUGCUCCGUGGUGUCUUCCAGCCUGGCUGUAGCCAACGGUGAGCUGCCUCCUCCUCCACCAACCUCUGCCAGACUGCCUCACAGGCUGGUGGCUAAGGACUGCUGGCCCAACCAGGCCCCAGACACAAGCAGGGCCCAGGGCCGGGGUCAAGAACCACACCUGCCCUCCGAUUUUGCGAUUAAGAAAAUGCGGAGAGUGGAGAUGGACAACAACAGCACACGUUCUGUUACAAAUUUCCCUCAAGAAGUGAGACAGUCAGUUCCAGUUCCUGUUGGAGGUGGGCAUGUUCAUAGCCAUGUCCAUAGCGGUCACUCAGUGGGAGUUGGGCAUAGCAAUGUCUACAGCAGUCACUCGGUUGGAGGUGGACAUGCCCAUAGCCAUGUCGACAGCGGUCAAUUGGUUGGAGGUGGACAUGCCCAUAGCCAUGUCGACGGUGGUCACUUGGUAGGAGGUGGACAUGCCCAUAGCCAUGUCGACAGCGGUCACUUGGUAGGAGGUAGACAUGCCCAUAGCCAUGUCGACAGUGGUCACUUGGUAGGAGGUGGACAUGCCCAUAGCCAUUUUGACAGCAGUCACUCGGUUGGAGGUCGGCAUGUCCAUAGCCAUUUUGACAGCAGUCACUUGAUAGGAGGUGGACAUGCCCAUAGCCAUGUCCAAAGCGGUCACUUGCUUGGAGGUGGGCAUGUCCCGUGCAAUCAUUCUAUUGGAUGUGGACAUCUCCAGAGUAGUUACCCUAUUGGAGGUGUAACUAUCCAGAGCAGUCACAGUCACCCAGCAGAGCCUACCGAGGAAGAGAAAUCUAAAGUCUUCACAACCAAGAAGGAACCCCCAGUCUACCCCCCAGGAAGUCAAGAAGAGAGGUGGCAGCUGAUGAUCCUGGGCAAAGGGCGAGUCACGUGCCCCAAGUGUAAAAGUGUGAGCAGGAAGACUGUGGAUGGACUGAAGAAACAUAUGGAGAGCUGCCGAUUGCAUCCCUUCACGUGUCAGCAAUGCGGGAAACAACUGAAGUCUUCCACGGGAAUGAAGUACCACAUCAUGGCAGACCACAAUAACCUGCCCUCACCAGAUGACAUAAAUGGCCUGGAUGACCAGUCCAUGAAGGAAAAAUUGAGGAAGGUGCUGAAAAGGAUGGGCAAAUUAAAAUGCUCGAAAGAGGGCUGCACUGGUAGUUUCACCAGCAUCAUGGGUUACCUGUACCACAUGAAGAAGUGUGGGAAAGAGGAGUCUGAGCUGGAGAAGCUGCUUCUCAACUGCCAACACUGUGGCAAGGUCUACAAGUCCAAGGCAGGCCUGGAGUACCACCUCAAGUCGGAGCACGCACCAGUGCCUCAGAAUGCAGAGGAGGAGGAGGUGAAGGCCCAGAGAGAGCCCAACCUUGAGAGGACACCCAGCGGCCGGGUCAAACGCAUGUCAGCCCAGGUGGCCUUUUUCCACCUACAGGAGAUUGCUAACGACGAGCUGGCCAAGGAGUGGCCCAAGAGGAAGGUCAUUGGAGACCUUGUCCCAGACGAUAACAAGCUGAGAUAUGCCCGCCCAGGGCUGCCUGCCUUCAGUCAGGAGGUCCUUCGGAAGUGGAAAAACGAAGUGAAGCUGCAAAAAAAAGUGCAGUGCCCAAACGUGGGCUGCGGCUCGGUCUACACCAGUGUGUCUGGACUGAAGGCUCACCUUGGGCUCUGUGGAAGGGGGGACUUUGAAGCAGGGAAAUACAAAUGCCUGAUCUGUAAGAAAGAGUUCAACUCAGAGAGUGGGGUGAAGUACCACAUCAACUCUGUCCACUCCCAGGACUGGUUUGUGGUGACCUCAAAAUCCAAGAACUUUGAUAAGGUCCUGAAGACCAAGCCCAAGGUGCACAGCACUGUGAAUGACCCCACUGACCAGCUCCAGCAGCAGACCCUCCAUGUCUUCACCCCCAUCCUAGAGCCCUGGCAGGACAUGCAGAUGGGACCCCCACCAGCGGUGCCCGAGCCGGCCCUGCAGGUCAACCCUGAGGCAGUAGAGAGGAAGAGGAGGGGGAAGGGGAGAGGGAAGGAGAAGGACUGCUAUGACUUCACUGGCAGUGACCAUUCCAGCAGUAGCAGCAGUGGCAGCUCCAGCAGCGGAUCAGAGACCGAGGAGCCUGAGGGCCAGAAACACAACGUUGACCAAUGGGCACUGCAGAGACCCAGUAUCAUCGAGACCCACCCUGAAAUUGCCAAGCGACCCAGAAGCAACCUUUAGUUCGGUUUGAUCACCUGACUUCAGAUCAGUGGUCCUUUCAGGAGGGUGCAACGUUACAGAACGUUCAGAUAAAAAUGCAUUCCGCAUUGGUCCUGGGAUGUGUAGUCUGUGUUUCAACUGUAACUAUGAGAUCAUCUUAGACAACUUUUAAUGUGUCUUAUUAUUUUAAUAAGAUUUAUAACUUUUUUGUUUUCUGACAUGUUUACUUAGACUUUUUUAAACUCCUAUUACCGGUAGUUCCUCUACAGAUUGUGCCUAGUGUAUGGAUUUAUUAUUUCAUACAACUCCUUAUUAUAACUUAACUGUUAUCAGACCUCUUCUUUAAAAUGCAUAUUUAACCGUAGCAUGUGGUGUUAAUGUAGUCUGCAUUUUAUAUCAUGGAUUGUGAUAUGUUAACGCAGGAUGAAUUUGAAAUACGGUGGUUGUCGGUUAUAGUUGUCCGUGAUGUGUUAACGCUGCAUUGUUUGUGGAUGUACAGUCCAGAUGGAAAUAGGUGCAUUUGUCGUUUUAUUUACUCCCUUUGUGCCCCUCUGCUGUAUGAUUGUAUUUUGUUUGUUCUUCUCCUGUUGAGAUUUGCAGUGCGCUUCUGUUUAAGGUUUUGAAUAGAUUCAUCUGUUUUACUUUUGAAUAAUGAAGCUGCCCUUAAUUUUUUUGAUGAUCCCUAACUAAUUGAUUCUUAACAAUUGUGUUUCCCUGUUUGAUGGCUUAGAAAAUUUUACAAAGACAACCAAUGUCUUUCAGAUCAAAGAUUCUGCUUGCGUCCGUGAUUCCUGUAACAGAAACAGGCAUAGUGCAUGCACUUUUAUAUUGACUGAAAUGAACUGCUCAAUCUAAUCAUAGGCAUAUUCCCAUAACCCAACCUUGUGAAAGUUGACAAGCGUGCCAUCAUUUGUUUUGUCUGGCAUUAGACACUGCUUCUUGAGAUGAGUUGUGUUUAAUGAACCAACUGUUGUUAGUCAAAUGAAAGGGAACACACUUCAAUUCACCAUUUGUGUACAUUUGUAUUAAUGGAGAAACUAUUGUUUCAAGAUUAGAAAACUGCAUUAUACCUUUUUUUAGAAGUACUGUAUUGUGCUGCUAUUUUUAACGACCAGCAGUGUUAGCUAUAUUAACAGGCAAAAUAAAAAAUAUUUACAUAAUUCUACAAA